CGCAGAUUGGUGGUUCUCGAUUCGAGCUUCAAUCCACCGACCAGGGCGCACGCAGAGAUGGCGAGGUCUGCGCUGAAGUGGGCUUCUUCUUCUUCUUCGUCCUCGGAGGGGACGAGGCUGAUGCUGUUGCUGGCCGUGAAUAACGCGGAUAAGGCACCGAAGCCUGCGAGUUUCCCGGUGAGGCUGGGGAUGAUGGAAGGUUUUGGACGGGAUCUUCUAGGGAGUCUUGAGCUUGAGGGGGGUGUCAGACCCGAGAUUGAUCUGGCGGUUACGAAGAUGCCGUAUUUCAACGACAAGGCGAGGGUGAUUGGGGAGAGCGGGUUUUAUUCUUCUUGGGGGGGACAAGAGCCAGAGCAAGUCUUUUUGGCGGGAUUCGAUACGGUGAUUCGGAUAUUCAAUCCAAAGUACUACGGAGAGGGGGGCAUGAGGGCGGCGCUGGGGCCGUUUUUCGAGAGGGCGAGGUUGCGGGUUACGAUGAGGACGGAUGAUGGGUGGGGAGGGGAGGCGGAGCAGAGGGAGUAUGUGAGGGGGCUGGGCGAGGGAAAGCUGGAUGAGGUUGGAGGCGAUGUUGCGUGGGCUGGGCGGGUUGACUUGGUGGAAGGGACGGGGGAUGGGGUGAGUAGUUCGAAGGUGAGGGAGAUGGUGAAGACUGGGGAGAAAGAUGGGUUGGAGAGAUUGGUGGAUGAGGAGGUGAUGGGUUGGAUUGAGAGGGAGGGAUUGUAUAGGGAGUAG